CUGGAACUCGAACGGUCACGGGCCACUGGACUUGAGCGCGAAAAAAAAAGAAAGAAAGGAAAACACGAAAACGAAAACAAACCAACAGCACGUGCGAUUCCCAUGCUGGGCUUUGACAGCCAACAGCAAGUGGACACCCCGUUCGUGCCUCGGUCGGAUGUCGUGCUCGACGGUGCUGGUGCAUCGACUUCAGGUGUGGCUCGUCGGUUCAGGCCUCAACAUCGAUGGAGGUGGUUGCAGUUUGGCAGUUUUUGCGAGUGGUCCAACGCACCAUGCUCGACACCCACAGGCCAGCGUCACACGUCUCAGCGAGCUGCCUUGUGUCCUGCCAGCAUAGACAUGGAUUUCGACCGUACUUCAGGCCAAGACAAAAGCCGUCCCCAUUGCGGGCAAGUGCUUCACCCCCCCCCCC